AUGGAAUCCUCCAGUACUGUUUCUCAAAACGUAGAGCAUUUUUUUGACACUCUCGAUUUCGCUACUUUAGAGUCAGACUCGAACGACUCAAAUGAAAGUACAUAUGAAGAAGACUUUCAAUCGGAAGAAUCAGAGUCGGAAUUAAAAGAUGAUGAUUCAACAGGGAACGAAUCUGAAGAAAUUAAAUGCAGAUCAAUGUUGCCCCGGCUUCAUGGCAAUAUUGGCCGUUCACCUAAAAUUAGAUUACCUGCAGAGACAGUUAAUAAGGCAAAAUCUUUUAUUAGACGGACGGGAGAACAACAUGGUGAGGCAGUAGCAGUUCGAAAAUAUGCACGAAAAAAGGCUGAUGGACAGGUGACAGUAAGCUACGAAAAGCAUGACAUGAUUCUUCUUCCCUCUCAUUACUCUUACGACCGUCUUCUUGCUGCCUACAAUUUGAUGAAUCCUGAAACAUUAAUUAAAAUAUUCAAACGGGCAUUGAAAGAAAAUGUUAGUGAUAUAAAUGAAGAUCUUGACGCACAAUUAAUGGCACACAUAACUGAUUAUCGAGAAAUGAGAGAUGCUUAUGAAAAUGACAUACAUGUGGCGAAAACGUGUGACAGAUCUUCAUUUCGCAUUUUUUCUUUCGAUUUUGCCCAAAACUUAGAAUUGCCUCAUGAUCCUCAACAACCUGGAAAAUGGUACUAUUUAUCAUUGUUAAAAGCACACCAGUUCGGGUUAGUAGAUGAAGGCAUCGACA